UCAAACAGCUUCAAGGCAACAGUUUCCGCUUCAAAAUGCAUUUGCUCUUACUACCCACAAGGUACAAGGUUUAACCCUACCACACAUCACUACAAGCGUUGAUAAAACUGUGUUUGCUGAAGGCCAA